GCCUCAGAGAAGUGUCAAGGAGUGAUUCAGAGCUGUCACUGACAAGACCCUGACAGUCAAAGACCAGGGCUACAUUUCAAAGAUUCGCUUUUUUUUUUAAGGGAAGAAGCGCGCGUGCACAGAGAGUGAAGCCGCUGCAGGGCUGCUGUGCUGUCACAUCUGUGGGUCACUUUUGAACAAGUUUAUAUCCUUCCUAAACCACGUGGGCGAGUCAACAGUGUUCAUGUGUGACAUAUACAGCCUGGACUCACACUGCGUGUCUCCACAAUGCAACAUGAGUUGGGCGAUGGAGCCUGCUAACUUCUACGAGAGCGCCAAGCUGGGCGUCCCGCCGCAGGGGGUCUGCAAGCCGGGCAGCAGGGGCGACGAGGACGGCACCAUGGUGGAGCUGAGCACCGCCCCUGCCAUGUACGACGACGAGAGUGCCAUCGACUUCAGCCAGUACAUCGAGUCCAUGACAGCCGUGCCAAACCUGGAGCUGUGCAACGACGAGCUCUUCCUCGACCUGUUCAACACUGUGAAGCAGGAGAAGGUGGAUUUCUACAACAUGCAGAGCCCCGUGCUGCCCGGCGGCAUGCAGCAGCUGUCAGCCGCGUACACAGCAGACCGGAAGGCUGACAUCGGGCUGAAUAAAGGCUCGUAUGCUGUGCCUAUCAAGCAGGAGUCCGACUGGAGUGACAGCGACAUGUCCUCAUCCCUGCCCUCACAGAUCGAGAGCUGCGCUCAGACCUCCGUCAGCCUCCCCACAGGGCAGCCGACUCCCCCCACCACCCCGGAGCCUGUCUCCAGUGUGAGCUCGGCCAAAUCCUCUCCGAGGAAGAGCAGCAAAGAGAAGGGGAAGAAGGUGGACCGGUUCAGCAUGGAGUACCGACAGAGGCGAGAGAGGAAUAACAUAGCAGUGAGGAAAAGCAGGGACAAAGCCAAGAGGCGCAACUUGGACAUGCAGCAGAAGCUGCUUGAACUGAGCUCCGAGAACGACAGACUUCAUAAAACUAUCGAGCAGCUAACCAGAGAGCUCACCGGGCUCAGAGAUUUCUUCAAGCAGAUGCCCAACUCCUCCUUUACGAGCUCCUUGAAUGUAGAGAGCCGGUGACAGAUUGAUUUUUCUAUGAACUGAGCUUUUAGGAGACAUACCUCAACAGACAUUUUACCAUCUGUACCAGAUGUAUUUUAAGCUUACCAUAAUGGCACUGGAAAAUAUAUGAUGUUGCUGCCAUAUUUUUGUGGGAUUUUUCUCUAUAUUAAAUUAUUUUACCACUGCAUUUACAUGAUGUUAUACCUGACAUGAUGGUACAUGUUUUAUAAUUCCAAACUUUGUAUAAGAGCCAGAGCAUGAUCUUUUAUAUAGUUUGUAUGAAACCUUGAAAACAUUUUUGUUUAUGGAAUCUAUAAUAAAAUCGCUGAAAAGCUGCAGAAA